UUUCAAAAUUUUGGACUGAAUGUUUCGAAAUUUUUUGUGGUGCUACAUUUUUAUUUGCAUUUAAAAUUUGAAAAUAUCGAAAUUUAUUUCGAUUUCAUUUUUCAAAAUUCACCGUUAAUAAAAAUGUCUGCAAGAAUGUUUAAUUUUGCUCAAAUAAUUGGUCGCCAAAUUCUAAGGCAGGGGGAUUUUCGUAAACUUGUGAACGAAGAUGUCGGUGCUCCAAAUCAAUGUCCAGUACGUACAUUGACAAUCAAUGCGUAUGAAAACUCCAAGGCUUUGAAAAACUACGCUUACAAAAAAAAUUGUGAGACGGCAACUGCUCAAAGUUUGCCACGCAUGGAUGAUAUUCACCCCGUUCAAACAAGUAUAGAUAAUAAUGGUUUGACAAGAUGCGUAACGAAUUUGAAGAAAGACAACCAAUUCUAUACAGUCACGUGUAAUGAUAAUUGUUGCAGAGCAAGUAUCAACAUAAUUGAACCGACAAAAAAUUAUGUUCGAGAUGUUAGAGAUCAAACAUUUGACUUAAAAUGGGCAGAAUAUGAAAGGAAUGUACGAAUGUCAACAGAAAAACAACGAACAGAAGGAACCGGUCUGAAAAGGUUUGUUAAAAGAUUUCCAGCAGAAGGAUUUGACACAUUGUAUAAAAGUACCGAACGCUUUGAUGAUAUGGAACUUGAUGAGGUCAUAAUAAAUGAAGCGUCACCUAUGUUGGCUCAGAAUGUAAACAAUAAUCAAUACGUCAAUAAGUCAGCAACCUCACAGUCUUUAGGCAUGGCUCGCUUAAAUGAUAUGUCUCUGGAUAAAGUCGCAGUAAAUGAAAACUCGAAUAGGUUUGCUCAGAAUGUUGGCGGAAAACGAUUUUACAACAGUUCAACAUUCGACCAAUCUUUAGGAAUGGCUCGUUUAGAUGAUAUGAAGCUUGAUAAGGUCACGAUAAGUAGAACACCAACUACGUUAGCUAAAAAUAUGGGCAAUCAACAAUUUUUUAGUAGAAAGAUCGCUACAGUUCCUUCAAGCAAAGCACAUAAAUCAACCAGAGUUGAAAAUAAGAAAGAAGCCACGUUAAACGAGUGUCCUUCUUCAUCUUCGGUGGGCAUAUCUAAAGAGCAAUACAAAAGAAUGUUCCGUUCGAAGCAAAACAACAUCGCUAGUCCAUAUCAAGACUAUGAACGGAAGUCGCGUUAUUAAACCCGAGGCUAAGUGACGAGGUGGUAACAGAUAUACCUAUCAAGAUAUCUAUCAAAAGCUGACGAACCUUUCCAUUACAUGUGAUGUCCUGUUGAAUUUAUUGUUGUUACUUAUCGCAGCACCAAACAAUUGUUAACUACGAAUUGCAGACAUACAUCCAUUCAAAAUGCAUGAUAAUCUACUUACAAAUAAUAAAACUUAAUAGCACUACAAAAAAGUCUAU